AUGUCAAAUAACGUCAUUAAAGUUGGUGAGUAUAUUGUUGUGCAAAAACAUAAUUACAAAAAGCUUUAUAAAUUUAAUAAAGCUGAUUCACGAAUAAGUGUUGGAAAAGAUUCCGUUAGCUUAAGCGCUAUUGAAGGAUGCAACUAUUUUUCAAUAUUUAAAAUGGUAGCCAAAGGCAAAAAAAGAAGUAGGGAAUAUGAUUUAGAAUUGGUGGAAGAAACAGCAUGCCUUAAAGACGAGAUUGGCAUUAAAUCUUCUGGUUCUGAUAAUAGAAAUAUAUACGACGAUGGCAGAUCUCAAAAAUUAACAGCAGACGAAAUCUAUGACUUGAAAAGUGAUUCAUCUAAAGCUGCAGACAUUGUUGAAACACUUAUAACUAAUUCAAAUACUUUUCAUAAUAAGACAGAAUUCUCGCAGGAUAAGUAUUUGAAAAAAAAGGAAAAAAAAUAUUUUGAAUAUAUCCAAAUUCUAAAACCAAAUUUAAGAAUAAUAUCGGAAAUUUUAUAUAAACUAGAACCAACAAAAGUACAAGGAAUUCGCAUUGAUACAUUAUCUCAAAUUGUUACAAUGGCCAAUCUAUGUUGUGAAGGUAAUCACUUGCUUUAUGACUCAGGGUCAAAUGGACUACUUGCUGCUGCUUUGUUAAAUGCCAUAGGAGAUAGUAACACUGGAAGAUUAGUUCACAUGCACCCAGGCAAUAUGUCCCAAAAACAAGCUUUGUUAGCUAUGAAUUACAGUCUGGAGCAUUACAACAAAUGUGUUUCUGUUAAUGUAUAUUCUGCACUGAGGCAAUAUUAUCAGGGCUGUGAUACAAAUUCAUCAGAGAAAAUUUUUGAAGUUGCAAAAAGUAAUAGUUUAAAAAGAAAAGGUGAAUCAUUACCUGAAGAUUGUGCAAAGGUUUCUAAAAUUUCUGAAACACAGAGCCUAGACAUUGAAAAAACAGAAAAUAGGUAUACACAAGAACCAAAAAAGCCAAAAUGGCAUUUUGACAACAUAGAAGCAUCAAACAUUAUAUCAAAUAAAAUGGACUCACUUGUUAUAGCUUGCAAGGAGGAUCCUCAAAAUAUAUUUAUGGAAUUAUCAAAAUUUGUUAAACCUGGUAGACCAUUUGUUGUUUAUUACCCUGUUGCAGAACCAUUACAAAACUUGUAUGUUACUCUUAAAUCUCAAAGUAAUGUAGCAGCUUUAAGACUUACUUGCAGUUGGAUGAGAAACUAUCAGAUUUUACCUGAAAGAACACACCCAGAAGUAUUAAUGAAUGGAUCAAGUGGGUUUUUAUUAACAGGGUAUAUACUAAAGUGA